AUGGAUUUAAAAUCAAAAGAACAACUUGAAAAAAUGUACGAACAAAUGCGUAAAAUAAAAAAAGAAAUGAUAAAAGCAAAUAAUUAUAUGGCACUUUCGUCUAUUUGUCGACUUACACUUGGUGAUAUAGCAGAUAUUAUCGAACGAAAAUUAACUGAAGAAGAACAAUGGUUCAUAGUUGAUAAUUACGCUG